GCCCGUCCCACUUCGCAGCUUCGCCGCUGACCGGCAGGCAUACCAUGCCCGACGUGAGCGUUGACAGCGCGAACACGACCGCGAUCGAGUAUGAUUCGUACGGACCUGCGCCCUGGCAGCUCAUCCAGACGGGCAACAAUGGCGGGGUUUUCGGGCAGACGUUGACCAGGGUGGAGGGUACGGGCGGUGUGGUCUUCCGCUUCCACGGUACGCAGGUGCAGGUGUUCGGUUCAAUCACGCCUCCAACGGACGCGGGCGCGACCGCGACGUCGUCGUAUACGAUCGACGGCGGGCAGACCGCGGCGUUCUCGUCGGCGUCGGUCCAGCUCGCGCUGGUAUCUGAGCAGGACGGACAGCUGUUCUUCGACUCCGGCACGCUCGCGGACGGGGACCAUGUCCUGGUGAUCAACGUUACGCUCGCUAGCACGUCGGAGCCGUAUUUGCUCGACUUCAUCAAGUAUGCGGCCACAACGGCCACAACGACUUCGUCAAGUACGACAUCGGCCGCCGCAACCUCGAGUGCAAGUGCAAGCGCGACCGCGUCGGUCGGGCCGUCGCACAAGAACAUCGGGCCGAUCGUGGGCGGGGUGGUGGGAGGCGUGCUGGGCUUCGCGCUCCUCCUCGGCGUCGGCCUCUACUUCUUCUUCCGCUACUUCCGCCACCGCAUCUCGCUCUCGGGAAGAAGACGCGGCGGCAGGGAAGAUCUCGUCGAGGAUCUCAUCGAGGACGAUAAGCCCGGCGGGUCGGACACGGGCCCGCCUCGCACGUCCUCGACGCCGUUCCGAAGCGAGCCCUCAUCCGACGCGUCCACGCCCUGGCGCGCCGGAACGCCUGUGCUGCAACUGCACCCGCCCCCAGCGUCGAGCGUCGGCCCGGACGACUCCGCGUCGCAGGUCGCAGGGCGUAUCUACGCGGCUGAGCUCGCGCAGCAGCACCGGGACGCACGCGCGGCGGCGGGCGCGUCCAGUUCUACUCUCGCUGGACCUGCAUCUGGUUCUGGCUCGGGCCCUGGUGCGGACUCGCACCGGAGCCGCGACAGGAAGGAUCCCCUCCCGCUACCAGUGCCCGAGGAGCCGGAAGCGGUGCAGCACGAGGACUCGGGCAUCCGCUUUAGGGAGGGGACGUUGCCGCUGGUGCCGCCGGCAGAGGUUGGCAGAAUCGAGGAGGAGCCGCCAGAGUACACACCUGCGUCCUGACGUGCUUCUGCGCCUGCACCGGCCUCGGGUGGGAGGUGGGCGGAGGCCUCGUAAUGCGAGGGACGAGAUGUGGCCGGAGGGCGGACCGCGUGUGGGGUGGGUGGUGGGCAUGCCGGAUUGGGCAGGCUCAGGCGUUGUGGCUUCAGGUUGGAUUCUACGCAUUAGGAUGGUACUGUAUUGUAAUAACUAUUAUAUACCGUGUUCGAGGGUGAAUCGC